CGUCCGCAGGGUCCGCCUUGGGACAGGCACAGAGACGUUUUCCAGUGGAGAGGACAUGAAGGCUGAGGGUGAAACCGUCAUGGAAUCGGACUUGAAGCGGCUGCCUGAGUUCAACCCCCCUUCCUUUAUGCCUUUUGGGAAUGUGGGCACCCCUCUGAAAGUCUUUCUGGAGCUGAUCCGUGCCUGCAGGCUGCCUCCCAGGAUCAUCAAGAAACUACAGCUGGAUUUCCCAAAGACAGGCUCAUCCCGGAGGUAUGGCAACGUGCCUUUUGAAUACCAGAACACUGAGACGGUUAUAGAAGAAGAAAGAGUUUACACUGCUACGGGGGAUGAGAUCACAGAGGACGAGGGGCCUGUGGCAAGAUCUGAGGUGACUGAUCCAGCCAGUGCUGAGGAAGAUGAGGUGGGGCAGGAAAAGGAGGAAGAGGAGUCGCACUCAGAUGACGACAAUGAUACCUGUGAAGAAUGGGAGCGACACGAGGCUCUGCAUGAGGAUGUGACCAAGCAGGAUCGUGUGGAGGAGCGGCUGUUUGAGGAGGAGAUUGAGCUGAAGUGGGAGAAAGGAGGCUCAGGCCUUGUCUUCUACACAGAUGCUCAGUACUGGCGGGAGGAGAAUGGAGACUUUGAUGAGCAGACUGCUGAUGACUGGGAUGUGGACAUGAGCAUCUACUAUGACAAAGAUGGAGGUGACAAGGAUGCUCGUGACUCAGUCCAGAUGUGGCUGGAACAGAGACUUCGAGAUGGUUUGGAGGAUGGGUCUACCUCAGGGCAGCAAAUUGGCACCUUUGAGAGAUACACCAAGGGCUUUGGCAGGAAGGUUCUGGAGCAGCAGGGCUGGACGGAGGGGCUGGGACUGGGGAGCAACAACUCUGGAAUGGCUGAAGCUCUUGACAAUGAGGGUCAGAAUCCCAGGUGCAGGAGAGGUCUGGGGUACCACGGGGAGAAACUGCCAGCAUUCAGCAAGGUGAAAAAGCCACGGAGAGAAACUCCUGUCCUCAUCUCAACCAUCUACGAUGACCCUGAGCCCAUGGACAGUGGUGACCAGCUGCUCAGGCGCCAGCCACCCACUGCCAUGAAGUACAGACUGGACAUGCCUUUCGUCCGGGCGUCGCGUGGCACUCUGGAGAACUCCAGCACUCAGUCACACUGAGCAGAGACUAUCGCAGAGCCUUCUUACUGCUCCUGCUCCUGUUGACCACAGGCUGGCUCCUGCUGGUCUCAAUACUGGAGUAGUUUGUUCAUAUAUUUAUUUUGGGAAGAAAUAAUUUGUAACGGAAAGUGCCCUGAUUAUUUUUUUUUACUCCUCCUGGAGCUAUUAAAGUGAGGGGAGAUAUUAA